GAUACCGUCCAUCGGGCACGCGGUACGGCGGCUCCUGACUACUCUCAAAAUACCGCAUAUUAAAAACCGUAUAUAUACUUUUACUUUUUUUAUAUUUAUAUUAUAUAGAACUGUAACAUAUUCUACGACGUUAUGGCGAACGCCCACCGGACAAACGUGCUGGUCACGUCGUGUCUGAAAACGCCGGUGGACCCGCGGACCAGGGCGCGGUUAACGUCUUACGAGCGGGAGCGAGCGCUGCCGUGCGCGGCCUCGUGUCACUGGGACCACCGGCACCGCGAGGAGGAGCAGGAGUACGAGGACUCAGGCUCCGAUUCCUGUGACGAGGACGGCGUGGUGAAGGGCGGUUCUCUGGCGGCGGCGGCGGGAGGAGACCGCCUGGACCUCAGUGAAAUCUUCUUCUCCAACGAGGAGUACUACAGCAAGCUGGAGGAGCUGAAGAAGGCCCACCUGCGCACCAUGGCGGAGCUGGAGGGCCUGUACCGGCACAAGCUGCAGCUCAGGGCCGUGGCGCCGCUGGACGCCACGCGGCGGGAGGCCGGCGGGCACAGGCUCCCGUGGUCGAGCUGCAGCCCGGCGGCUCCACGCCGGUUGAAGAAGUCUCGCUCUGCCGUGGAGCUCAGGAGGAGCUCCGGAGCCUCCGACUCCUCCGACGGAGGGGAAGACGUGCCCAACGGGGCGGAGCCGGGUUCUCCGUUCUCCCCCAGAGAACUCAUCGAGAACAUGUGGCGCGACUUCCAGCUGUCGCCUCACCUCCACCACCUGUCGUCCUCCUCGGUGCGCAGCCUGCCGACGGGCCGGGGGACGCCGCGGAGGGCAAAGGGGCGGAGGAGGCGGGAGGACGGCGAGGAGGAGGAGGAGGAGCUUUGGAGACAGCUUUGGAGACACCGGCUCACCGUGCCGAAGCCGUUCCAGAUGACGCUGCGCGAGGCGGAGCGGCGGCGGCGCGGCGUGAAGUCGCGCUCGCAGAUGGAACACGAGAACACGGCGCUGCGGCGGCAGCUGGAGGAGCUGACGGAGUGCCAGAAGAAGUUCCGCGCCGGCGCCGUGCCGGCUCACGUCCACCUGCCGCUCUACGAAGAGCUGCAGGAGCGGCGGCGGCGGCGCUCGACAGAACGCGAAGACCGGCGCCCUCGACCCGCCCAGAAGCCCUUCAGUUUCCUGGAGAGGGAGCGGCUGAAGAAGGAGCAGAAGCAGCCGGCGGCGGCGGCCGGCGACCAGGAGGCGGUCAAACCCUUCAAGGCCAAACCCGUGCCCAAGGCGGUGUACGCGGCGGCGUCCGGGGAGCAGAUGAAGGAGGAGCAGCUGUAUCGCUCCAUCAAGAUCCAGAUGAGGGCGCAGGAGACGCUCCACAGCGCCGCCGCGCCGCCCGGCGAGCUCGCUCGGCGACGAGGCGACCGCAAGAGAACGGGCGACAAGGCGGCGGCGGCCUCGGGGGACGACGGCUUCUCCCACCGGCCGCACAUCAACGCCGAGGUGCCCGACCACGACGCCAGCUACCGGCGCUUCCGGCGGCACCUGGAGCGACAGAAAGGGACGAAGCCCACGACGGCGUGCGAGCCCUUCGAGCUGAGGACGGCGCGCAUCGCCUCGCGCCGCGAGCGCAUCCUGGCCGACAUGGAGGAGGAGCGGGGCGUCCCGUGGGCGACCCGCCGGCCCUACGUCGGCCCCGGGCCGACGCGCCGGGCGACCUCCAGCCGCUGCUCCUCCGUCUCCGGCAGCCUGGAGCUCCUCCCCGCCAAGGUCACGGGCGCCAGCAGGAAGCGCGAGGAGGCCGUGAGAAAGCUGCUGCAGGAGAGGAAGAAGGCCGAGGAGGAGGAGGAGCGCUGGAAGGAGAGGCAGAGGCGGAGGGAGAAGAAGCUGCAGAGGGUGGUGCGGAGGCGCGCCCAGGCCCACGACCCCCACCUGGCGCUGGCGCAGGCGCACCCGGCCAAACUCAAAGAAUUCAGGAAUCAAGAGCUUCAGCGUCAGAAGGAGUACGAGCUGGAGAUCAAAGAGAUGAAGCAGAGGGUGAAGGGGAGGCCGCUGCUGCUGGAGCAGGUCGCUCAGAGGAACGCCAAGCAGGCGGCGGAGAAGCGCUUCGCGGACGCCGUGCGCGGGUGCGACCUCACCGAGGAGUUCAUCAGCAGCGCGGCGGCGGCGGCGGCCGGGGACGACAGACGCAGAGGUGACCUCAUUGUGUUUGCUAGUGAUGAAGAGGAGCCGGACACGGGCCACGAACCGGUCCACUGCCGGAAGGUGUUCCUGGACGACGGUGGCGGGAGCCCGGAGGAACGGGACGGGGGGGGCAGCGGCGCCGCCGGCCGCCGCGACUCGGAUGAAAGUUACCGAUACUCGGACGAUCACAAGGAAUACUCGGACGACAGCGAGCACGAGGAGGAGCAGGAGGCCGGGAAGUGAUGAUGUCAUCACGUUUUAUAACUCACCGAAGAGGAGGCUGGUUCGUCCCUAAAUGACAGCAUGUUGUGAUUAGUUUUCUCUAUCGCGAGCAGCUAGUUGGGGUUACUGACAUUUAGCAUUUUGCACAUGUUUAAUUUACACGUCCGUUAAAUGUGAAAUAUGAACUGAAUGCAGUGAUUUUGUUCUGUUUCCGUCUCAUCGAUGGAAUAAAAUGCAGAAGUUUCCACGCUUGACGAAGGUAUUUUGGCCGUUUUCAUAUGUUUUCUUGUCAUCUAGGGUGAAAAGCACAAUAAUGAAUAACAUUGAUGAGACACUCACUCUACAGCCUCUCCUCGGCAUAUUGCACCAGUUUAUACAGGAAAUGAUGAUACGUGCAAAAACAAGUGUUAAUAUGUGUAACUACAAAUAGUUUGUCCCAUGAUCAUUAACUUGUACAUUUAUUUUCAGAUUUUAAGAGUUCAAGAUUUGUUAGAUUAGAAGGUAAUUAGAAAUUAAUGUGUGUAUAUAUAUAUAUAUAUAUAUGUAUGUGUGUGUCCGGUUUGGUGUCAUAUUGACGGGGGACUGUCAGAAAACAUUUUAAUAUCUUAUUUAUACAGUAUAUUUAAAAAUAUAUAUAAUUGGUUUAACUAUGAAGCCUUUUGUAAAAAAAGCAUUCUAAAGACGUUAUAUCAUGAUAUAUUAUUAUUUUUACUAAACUAAUGUUUUGAAUGCAGGAUUUUAACUUUUAGUGGAGUAUUCUCACAAGAAGUUAUUUGUACUUUUACCUCAGCAAAGAUCAGAAAACUUCUUCAACGAAUGUUUAAGAAGCAGCUAAAUGGAAUUUGUCCGUCGUUCAUUUAAUGUAUAUUAUUUACGGUUGUGCUUUCCUGUGACAAAAAGUCUGGAAUCAAAAUGCCUCAUUUCAAUGAAUUCACAGUUAUAAGAGGAACAAACAGGAGCGUUGAGUCAGCAAUAAUGUUUGUGUAAUGUUUAUGGCUCUCAUUAUCUUUAUUUGGGGUCAUAAAUAAUUGUAUAACUGGAUGUCACUUUAGAUAAAAGACUCGAAGGACAUGUGUGACUUCCCAGAAAUUGAGUAACUUGUAUUGUUGUUUUUUGUUGUCUUAAACUUGUUUAUGUCACGAUGGACCAUCUGCAAUAAAACCACUUAUUCAAAACAACAA